UUGAGUCUCGUCUGACUUUUAUCCACAUUAGUUUUGAAAAUGACUGAACAAUGUCCCAGAUUUCAAAUAGCAUUUUUAGGAGCAGGAAGUGUUGGGAAAACUUCCAUUUUGCAGAGAUAUUUGUCUGGAAAUUAUUCCGAGGAAUAUUCAGAAACUGUUGAAGAAACAUAUUCGCAGCCGUACUAUAUAAAUGGCAAAAGACAAAAUAUAGACUUUAUCGACACUUCAGGGAGUAUACCGUUUCCAGCGAUGCAACAAAUCUACAUGUCUCAAGCUACUGGUUUUGUUCUUGUUUAUUCUAUAAAUGAUAAACAAUCAUUUGACGAAAUGAAGAGCAUUUGGGAGAAAAUAAAACAAGUUCGGAAAAGUGUUUUAAACAUUCCCGUUGUUGUUGUCGGAAACAAUCUCGACAUGGAAAAUGUUCGGCAGAUAGAAACAUUCGAUGCCUUGAAUUGGGCUUAUGACGAGAGUCUCGGAGGUUGUUUCCUUGAAGUCUCUGCAAAGACGGAUCAACAUAUCAAAGAGGUUUUUGAGAUACUUCUUGAGCAACUUGGAAAUAAAAGAUCUGAACAGAGAGGACCGUUUCGCAUUCGUUUAACAAGUUUAAAUAGAAGACAUUGUGAUUCAAAUGACACCAGACGGAAUUCAAAAAGAAGAAAAAGCAUAUUAAAAAAAUCACAAAGUUUUACUACAGAGACAUUAAUUCCUUCCGAUAAAUGUUUUCAGGAAUCUGUUUUCGAUGACUACAAGCAACAAACAAUCUCACGGAUACACAAACAUGUACGGACGAGAAGAUGCUCUUCAUUAGAAGAUCGUAACAAUUCGUUGUUUUGUCAGACUAUUCAAACUUCUCCGGAAGAUAAAACUGUCGACCGAAAGAGAGUUUCAUUCCAUGGAAAUAAAAACAGUCAUUCAAACAUGUCGGAGAUAGGAAUACGAAACCAUUAUAACUUUGUAAAUAAUUCACAGACAAAAACUAUGUCAUGUGAAACUAAUGGCAGUAACGUAAAAACUCGUUUUUCUAGUAUCGUUUCAGCCUGUCGCCUUGUACGAAAAUAUUGUAAUAAAAGCCUUAAGGUUUCUUCCUCGAAAGGUAAUGCGUAAAUCUUUUGUACGUUUUUUAUCAAA